AUGCGAAGUUGCGAAGAUGUGCUAUCUUGCAGUAGUGCGAGAGAGCAGCGACCAGGGCCAGGACCAGAACCAAUCUUGAGUAAGAGGGACGUCAAAGAGAGAAACGAGGCAUUCUUUAUGGCGGAACAGAUGGCGACCGAUUUCGAGGCCAUCCAAAUAAUGGUGGAAUCCAAUAGGGAAGAGGGGGAAAAAAAAAGGCAAUGA